AAAGAUUAUCUUAUAGUGAAAGUCACAGCUGUAUGAGUCAUAGUGCCAUCUGCUGGUCAAUGAACACAGAUGUCCAUAGACAUUCAGUCUUUAUAGAUUUGUGUUAUUUUCUUCUCUUUGUAUAAUAAAACAAAUUGGAUACUAUCAAUUAAAAACAUGUUUCUUUAAAAUAUUAUUGAUCAAGAAAAUUACUUAUUUACUUGAUAAUAAAAAAUGUCAAAUGCAUGGAACAAAAACAUUUACCGCCAAGAACAGGAGGCAUUUGUUUCUAAUCAUGGUGGAACUACAGCCAGAGAAGUUGUGUAUGCGAUUAUGCCAAACAUAUGUAGUAUUCUUUUAACUAUUACUACACUAGGUCUACUAAGAAAUUUAAUUCAUAAGAAUGUUAAAGUGCUGGUAGAAUUUAUACUACUUAUAAUUCCAGCUAUCUUAUGUUGCACUAUAUUAUCUGAAUAUAUUAUAACUGUGUGUUGUGCCAUGUUAUCAAUAUCUAUUAUAAAUAUUUUAUUAUUGGCACUUAAUUCAAACUCAUCUAGUUACAGUAUAAAACCUAGUCAGGUUAAAAAGCCUUUCAUUACUAAUUUUAGAGCAAUGACUAAUAUUAUAACAACGAUAUGCAUAUUAGCCAUAGACUUUCGUAUCUUCCCACGAAAAUUUGCCAAGACUGAGGUAUUUGGGUAUAGUUUAAUGGACACUGGUGUUGGAUUAUUCAUAUUAUCAAAUGCCUUAGUAGCACCAGAAGCUAAAGACUUUGCUCCUAAACAGAGAAUAGGAUUCGUUCAUACAUUAUCCAGAAACAUUAAACAAUCUGCAAAAAGUUGUAUUCCACUAUUAAUACUGGGUUUCGGUCGCUCUGUAGCUAUUGAAGUAAUUGGGUAUCAGAAGCAUGUGACUGAAUACGGUAUUCACUGGAACUUUUUUAUAACUCUUGCCUUUGUGAAACUGUUCACCAGUUCCAUAACCAGUACUAUCAGCUCAAAAUAUUCUUUGUUAUCUGGUGCAUGGAUUUUAACAAUGCAUGAAUACAUUUUGAGUACCAAAGGGUUGAAGGAGUGGGUGUUGAGUAACAAACCGAGAGACGACUUUGUAUCCGCUAAUCGCGAAGGAAUGGUAUCCGUGCCCGGAUAUGUGGGACUUUAUUUAGUAGGUGUAGCUGUUGGCAGAUUGAUACAUUCCACGUAUUAUAAUUCAUAUGUACAAAAUUCAAUGCAGUACAAGCAUACAACGUUUCACGUGAAAUUAUUCGGGUACGGACUAGAUGCGAGUUAUAACGAAUCCAUGAUAUUAUGUAUUAAAUUGUCUUUGAUAGCGGCGCAAACGUGUGCAGCUACUUUGUUCUGCGAUUCGUAUUUUAAAAUAUCUAGACGCUUGGCGAAUGCAGGGUAUUGUAUGUGGAUACUUACCUUAGGUGUAAUGGUACUUACGUUAUUGUUACUGAUAGAAGUAAUUACGGAUAUCCUAAUUUGUGCAACUACAUCCGUAGAUAAUAGUACAGAUAGAAAGACCAAAACGCACAAAAUGGACGCAAGAAAUAAACGGGAACGCGUACCCGACGAAUGCGAGAAAAGUACGAUCGGCAACACGAUCGAAAUAUUCGAAGCUGUAAACUAUAAUGGUUUACUCUUUUUCUUAUUGUCCAACUUAACCACCGGGGCUGUUAAUAUGUCAGUAUCCACGUUAUACGUAAGUCAGCCGAGAGCCGUACAAAUACUCAUUGCCUACAUGGCUCUAAAUAUAGUACCAGUUUUAUUCCUCUACAGGAAGCAGGUACAAAUUAAGUUAUAAGAUUCGUUGCGCUGACUACGCGUUAGGGGACAAGAUUUUGUAUAUCUGCAGGCCAAAUAUACUUACAGUGUUCGAAUAUUGUUACUGCCAUUGGACAUAUCACUUUGUAUUCCAUAUUUAUUCCAUUUUCUUUUUUUAAUCAAAAUAAGUGUGUAUGUACAUAUAUCAGUAUAAAAAUAAGU